AUGGCACGGCCACCCCGAGCGCAUCUUCCGCGGCGAGGAGCGCGCGUCGCACGCUUCCUGUUCGCCGAGAUCCGGCGGCACGAGGCGCUGCGGUUCCUGCGGGACCUGCAGGCGCGGUUCGCGCGGCGCGACACGUUUCUCGCGACGACGGCCGCGGCGCCGGAUGAGGACCUCCUCGUCGCCAUGACGCUGCGCGACUGCUCCCUGUUCUUCCGGUACGAGGACGGCGAAGACGGCGCGCUGCGGCUGCUGGACUUUACGCUGGCGGACCUCGACAAGAAGAUGCCCUCCAAGAUUCCGAGCUGGCAGAAGACGGAGAGGGAGCUCAUCGACGGGGGUUGGUAUGAGGGCAAGCGGGGCUGUGGCAUGCCGAAUUGCUAUCUGAAAGAGGGCCGGACCGAGGACGUGACGAGAGCGGAUGAGACGAGGCUCAAAGAUGCCUCCAGGUUGGGCAUGGCCUACAAGGAUUAG